AGUUAGGUUAUUAUGUUUGUUUUGGUAAACGGUGCGUGAUUGUAGAAUAGAAUUUCCAUCUAAUGAAUUAGGUAAAUGUGUUUCAUUCGGAAUGUCUGAUUCCAGUAAAGCCAAAAUUUAUUGGGGAGGCAAGACAGUCCACCAAAAUAGCGACACAUAUUGGAAUAAAUAUCCCCUGAAACCUGGGGAGGAGCUGUGCGAGACGGAUAGUGGAAGUUUCUACAACCCUCUCCACUCAGAUGAAGAGAGAUGGCACACUAAAAGAAGUGGAGAAAGUAGCGAUGAAGAAAGGCAGAAAAAGAAGAAAAAGAGGAAGCAUAGGAGUGAUGAACCUAGCAAAAGGAGCAGACAUAGUAGUAAAGAAUCUAGCAGAAGAAGUCGGCAUAGCAGUAACGAGCUUAGCAAAAGAAGUAAGCAUACCAGUGCGGAACGUAGCAAAAGACGUAGGCUGAACAGUGAAGAACACAAAAAAAGAAUUAGGCAUAGCAGUGAAGACCGUAGCAAAAGAGGUAAAGAGAGUAGUGAAGAACGCGGCAGAAGAAGUAAAUAUAGUAGCAAUGAUGAAAGGCCAAAAAAGAAGGAAAGAAGGAAGCAUGAAGACAAGCAUGAGGACAAACCUAAACAAAACAGAAGUCACCGGCAAGAAAAACCCAAGAAAGCAAAGGAAGAACCAAAAACCAUUGAUACCCCCAAAGAGGUUAUCACAGAAGAUCAAAAGAAAACAGUCGAUUUGCUAACAUCCAAGACAGGUGGUGCCUAUAUUCCGCCAGCUAAGUUGAGGAUGAUGCAAGCUAGUAUAACUGAUAAAGCAAGUGCUGCGUAUCAACGAAUAGCAUGGGAAGCCCUAAAGAAAUCUCUUCACGGUCUAAUCAACAAAGCCAGUCCUCAGAAUAUUUGUAUAAUUGCGCGGGAAAUUUUGCGAGAAAAUAUUAUUCGUGGUCGUGGAUUACUCUGCCGAUCAAUAAUUCAAGCUCAGGCUGCAUCACCAACAUUCACCAAUGUUUUUGCUGCACUUGUAGCAAUUAUAAAUUCUAAGUUUCCUAAUAUUGGAGAGCUGCUUUUGAAAAGGUGUAUCAUAAGGUUUAAACAAGGCUUCCGAAGGAAUGAUAAACCCACUUGUCUUGCUGCAGCAAUAUUCAUCGCUCACCUAGUCAAUCAGUGUGUGGCCCACGAGAUUGCAGCUCUAGAACUUUUAACUUUACUUCUGGAAACGCCAACAAAUGACUCUGUAGAGGUGGCAAUCGCAUUUUUGAAAGAGUGUGGUCAGAAGCUCUCAAUUGUCUGCAAGAGAGGUCUCGAUGAUAUAUUCGACCUGUUGCGCAACAUUUUACACGAAGGAUCUUUGGAAAAAAGAGUCCAAUACAUGAUAGAAGUCAUGUUCCAAGUUAGAAAGGAUGGUUUCAAGGAUCACCCAACAAUACCUGAAGAGUUGGAUCUUGUAGAGGAAGAAGAUCAAUUUACCCAUGUACUUAGCUUAACAGAAGAUAAGCUAGAAGGUCAAGAAAUCCUAAACGUAUUUAAAUUUGACCCUGAAUACGAGGAAAAUGAGAAGAAGUAUGAAAAUCUCAAGAAGGAACUCUUUGGGUCUGAUGAUGAAUCUGGAGAAGAAUCUGGAAGCGAAGAUGAGAGUGGGUCAGAUGAUUCAGAUGACUCAGAAGCUGCGGAAGAAAAGAAGCAGACUAUUAUAGAUAACACAGAAACCAAUUUAGUCGCACUUCGCCGGACAAUUUAUUUGACAAUAAAUUCAUCUCUUGAUUUUGAAGAAUGUGCACACAAGUUAUUGAAAAUGGAGCUCAAGCCUGGACAAGAGAUAGAAAUGUGUAACAUGUUUUUAGAUUGUUGCGCUGAGCAGCGUACUUACGAGAAAUUUUAUGGUCUCCUAGCAGAGCGUUUUUGUCGGAUAAAUCAAAUUUAUGUUGCACCAUUUGAGAAAAUAUUUGUUGACAGCUACGCCAUUGUUCAUCGAUUCACCACAAACAAGCUGCGAAAUGUCGCAAAAUUUUUUGCUCAUCUUCUCUUUACGGAUGCUAUAUCUUGGAAUGUCCUGUCCACCAUUCACCUGAAUGAAGAAGAAACUAGUUCGUCCAGUAGAAUUUUCAUAAAAAUUUUAUUCCAAGAGCUGUCAGAGUUCAUGAGUUUAGCCAAAUUAAAUGACCGUAUCAAGGAUCCGACAAUGCAUUUGGCAUUCGAAGGUCUGUUCCCAAGAGAUAAUCCAAAAAACACUCGCUUUGCCAUCAAUUUUUUCACAUCCAUUGGUUUAGGAGGACUAACGAAUGAGCUUCGAGAGCAUCUGAAAGCGCAACCGAAGCAAUCGAAUGUAAAUAAAAUUAUGGAGGCCCUCUCAGCCUCGAGUUCUUCAUCAUCAUCUUCAACAUCUGAUUGCGAUUCUGAUUCCAGUUCUUCUUCAAGCUCAUCUGAUUAAGCUUGAUUUCUACAUCUCUCUUUGAGAGAGCGUGAUUUUCCUUCUCUUUUUUUAACCUAAUUUUGGAUGAAAGUAGCCGAAUAAAAUGUGUGAAGUUAAAUGAUAACCAGAAUAAAUCAGUGGGAGAAAAAAUCUGGAAGAGGUCAGAUUUAACGGAAAUUAGCCCAACUGCAUUGCAUGUUGCCUAAGCUCUCUUGUUUUGUUUGAUUAAACUUAAAAUUCAAUAAAUCAUUGCCUUGAAACUCUAUGAAAAUUUCUGAUAAAUAAUGAAAAAAGUAUGCACCAAAUUUUAGGACAGAAUGUUACUUACAGGGUUGCCAGAGUCAGGGAAUAUCGGAACAAUCAGGAUGUGUCAGGGAAUUUUAAAAAAUCAGGAAAAACCCAGAAGUAACAGGAAAAAUGACAAAAGUGUUAGGGAAAAAUUGUUCAGUCACCUUUACUUGCUUUAUAGACCGAGUUUGAAAAUAUUAACAACAAAUUUUGCUGGCAAACUUUUACAAAUUAAGUCCUGAUAAUCAUCCGGCAUAUCUUCAAUUGUCAGAAAAUUUUACCCCCAAGAGCCAGGGCAAUGUCAGGGAACUUCAAUUUCUAAAGUAUGUGGCAACCCUUUUUUAUGAUUUCUCGUCAGAAAAGAAAAAUUAGAAGAAAUAUUGUGGACGCCAGUCUUAUUAAGCUGAUUUUGGUUACUUAAAUUUGUCCAAAUUCUACUAUUUUUAAAAUAAAAAAUCGGAUCUCCUAUCUUUGAAGAUUUCAAUAUUGCAAGUUUGAAGUUGAUUUUUUUUCAUUACUAUUCCUCUGUUGUGUAACUUUCACUAAUUGAUACGUACUCGUACGACUUUGAUUCUUACAGAAUUGACUUAUAAUAAGUUGUUAGACGAGAAAAUAAUAACCGUAAAAAUUUCGAAUAAUGUAUUUUAUUUUAUAAUUUUUGGCACAUGAACCGUUCUUUUCAUGCUUGCAUACAAGUCAUUUAAUAGCACUUUAAAUUUUUCAAUUGAGUUUUUAAUUUUUGACAGCUCUCAAUUAUUUUAUCUGCGAUUUUUACGAGUAGCUCAUCUUCUAACCAUCCAAACCCAGGCAAGAGCUUUUUUAGCAGUCGUCAUGCUCCUGAGUAUACUUAAGUUCCAUCAGUUUGUAACUUCUGAACAUUUUUUAUCUUUACUCACCACAACAGUGUCCGAGUUAAGGAAGUCUGUUUUUGAGCUCACAGAAAAGCUCACCGACUUAAUCACCAUUAAAUUUCUACUCAGUCCCUAUAACGGGAAAGGAGAGACAUUCACUGUGCUGUAUGUUAUUACAGAUAAUGAAUAUGGUUUUAUCCAUAUAGUAACUAAAAGUCACCGAUUACUUUUGCGGUAAAAUGAUUUUUUUUUCUGUGAUUGAUCUCAGCUAAUUUUGCUUGACUGUGUAUAUGUAUGCAUUAGGCUUUCUCAUUGUGUACGUCAUUGAUUCCUUAUCUUGUACAGAAUUAUUGCCCCCUUUUACUUUCUAGAGAUGCGUGUAAAUAUUGAGAAAUAAAUUUGUAUUUUCGAGGUA